CCUAGCAUUUCGUGGUCCAAUCGGCACCGGUUGCAGGAAACACAGCAAACAAGCUCCCGUCGUCUCAUGUCAUUUCGGCUUCUCGCUUUCACCUCCGCGCUUUCUUUGUCCCUCCCGAACACCUCAAACAAGCUCCGCUAGCGACGCCACAGUCCUUUUCCUCCCUCCGAAUUCCAAGCUUUCCUUCCUCCUCCGCCCCCCGAACCUUGAGCCGGCUGCUGCAAAGCGUUCCCAGUUCGAGGCGCAUACCAACAAGUGAACACCAAGCUGGGCUCUUCGCUGCAAUGUUUCCUCGCCGCGGCUGACGAACCAGUACAACUAAUUCACAAAAGGUGAGGUGUGUUAUCAAUGAGGACAGAGACAUUGGUUUCUUGCUCACAUGCUACGCAAAGAAAACAAGCAAUCAGUUGAUGUAGCAAAUGCUGUUGCAAGAGAGAAUGGUAAUGAUGGGGAAUCUUGUUUCUUCAUCGCACUUAUUUAUUGUUAACAUCACUGAUAAUCGAUUUCCAUAUUUACAGAGUGUUUGCUCAUUAAAAAGUUCAAAGGGACCAGCGUUUCCUCUACGAUCCAUUCUUGUUUUUUUCAUUGCAUUAUUUGGCUUCUAUGUCUGCUACUUGUCCUUUAAUCAGAUAACUUUGGAAAAUGAAGAAAUAUUGACCAGCGAAAAAGAGAAAAUAAAAAGUAUCUGCAGGAGGCCUGCAAUUCCACAUGAGCAUAUACGAUAUGUGCACUUUCCAAAGCCUAUGACUUACGAUAGGGGCGAAUGCGCAUGUACUCCAGUCAGUUUCUUUGUUAUUGUAUCUAUGCAAAGAUCAGGAAGUGGUUGGUUUGAGACUUUGCUGAAUAGCCAUCCUAAUGUCAGCUCAAAUGGUGAAAUUUUCUCUGUGAGAGAUAGAAGAGAAAAUAUCUCAACUAUUUUUAGCACUCUUGAUAAAUUGUACAAUAUGGAUUUGCUCACCAGUGCAGCAAAAAAUGAAUGCACUGCUGCAUUUGGAUUGAAGUGGAUGCUAAAUCAGGGACUUAUGGAACAUUAUCAAGACAUUGUCAAAUAUUUAAACAAGAAAGGUGCCAAGGUGAUAUUUCUCUUCCGGAAAAAUACAUUACGGAGGCUUAUUUCUGUAUUGGCUAACGACUAUGAUAGAAAAACAAAGCAGUUGAAUGGCAUACAUAAAGCACACAUUCACUCAAAAGAGGAGGCUGAGAUACUUGCAAGAUUCAAGCCAACAAUGGACGUGUCAGCUCUGGUUGCAAGCAUCAGACAUGCUGAACAUUCCAUGAGAAGUUGUUUGCAUCACUUCAGCAGCACACGCCACAUGAUCCUCUAUUACGAGGAUGUGAUCUGCGACACAAAUGCUUUGUCUCGAGUGCAAGAAUUUCUUGGAGUUCAAGUGAGGAAGCUGUCCAGCAAGCAUGUGAAGAUCCACACCAGUUCCCUCCCGGACCUUGUCGAUAACUGGGAGGAUGUGAGCGAGAUGCUAAACAGGACAGAGUAUGCGCGCUUUCUUGAUGAUGCAGACUAUGUCAAGUGACGUGUUCUGAUUACAUCAGGGUCAAAUGGAUCAUAGUUUCAUUUUUAACAAAGGGUUUGAAAUAGUCUCUUUUUUUUCUUUUUGCCGUCCAAAAAGCAUGAGGGAUUGCAGUUGCUUACAGCAUUCUUCUGUAGGCAGGAUGUAAUAGAAAAGAUGAAUGAAGCAGAGAUGACAAAAAUUGAUGUGUUCUUUUCCCCUCUUUUAGAUUCUGUAUAGGUUUACUGGUUUUGGGGUGCCAUCCAAUGGUGGCUCGCAAUUGAGCUCCAUCUCUAAAUACUUAAACGAAAAACACAAUGUCCAGAUGCCAUGUGACAAUACUUGCAAUUGAAUUUCUC